GGCUGGGGCAGCCCCCGUGACGCCGGUUGGCGACUGGCUCCCGGGUCUGAGGGGCUCCUGCUUGUCAGGUUCUAGCCCAGUUCUUUUGGCUAGACCUAUGGUCACUCCUGUGAAACUUCACUGCACACUUUCUCAAGUGUCUUCUUCAUCCUUAAUGUGUAAUUCCUCACCAUGGACCUGCUCCUUUAGCUAAGACAUGGCCAUCAAUGGUAGUAGUAAGAUAUGUGCUGACUAGCAGGCCCACUUGUGCGGUAUAGAGGACAAGCAGUACCUUACAAAAUGGGAUUUGGGAGUGACCUGAGGAACUCACAGGAAGCUGUGUUAAAGUUGCAAGACUGGGAAUUACGGUUGCUGGAAACAGUGAAGAAAUUUAUGGCUCUGAGAAUAAAAAGCGAUAAGGAAUAUGCAUAUACUUUACAGAAUCUUUGUAAUCAAGUUGAUAAAGAAAGUACCGUGCAGGUGAAUUAUGUCAGUAAUGUGUCCAAGUCUUGGCUACUGAUGAUUCAGCAGACGGAGCAGCUAAGUAGGAUAAUGAAGACCCACGCCGAGGACCUGAACUCUGGGCCCUUGCACCGGCUCACCAUGAUGAUCAAGGACAAGCAGCAGGUGAAGAAGAGCUACGUAGGCAUUCACCAGCAGAUAGAGGCGGAGAUGAUCAAGGUCACAAAGACAGAAUUGGAGAAAUUAAAAUCCAGCUAUCGACAAUUAAUAAAAGAAAUGAAUUCUGCCAAAGAGAAAUAUAAAGAAGCUUUAGCCAAAGGGAAGGAGACAGAAAAGGCCAAGGAGCGCUAUGACAAAGCCACGAUGAAGCUCCACAUGCUGCACAAUCAGUAUGUGCUGGCCCUGAAGGGCGCCCAGCUCCAUCAGAGUCAGUACUAUGACACCACACUUCCUCUGCUACUGGACUCUGUGCAGAAGAUGCAAGAAGAAAUGAUAAAGGCACUAAAAGGUAUAUUUGAUGAAUACAGCCAGAUAACCAGUCUUGUUACAGAGGAAAUAGUGAAUGUUCAUAAAGAGAUUCAGAUGUCCGUCGAACAGAUAGACCCUAGCACAGAGUAUAAUAAUUUUAUAGAUGUUCACAGAACAACAGCUGCUAAAGAACAAGAAAUCGAAUUUGAUACUUCCUUAUUAGAAGAAAAUGAAAACCUCCAGGCAAAUGAGAUCAUGUGGAAUAAUUUAACUGCAGACAGUUUGCAAAUGAUGUUGAAGACUUUAGCAGAAGAGCUCACGCAGACACAGCAGAUGCUUUUACACAAGGAGGAGGCUGUCCUGGAGCUGGAGAAGAGGAUUGAAGAAUCUUCUGAGACCUGUGAAAAGAAGUCUGACAUUGUGCUUCUUCUGGGGCAAAAACAGGCACUUGAAGAGUUGAAACAGUCAGUCCAGCAGUUGAGAUGCACUGAGGCAAAGUGUGCAGCACAGAAAGAAUUAUUGGAGCAAAAAGUACAAGAAAAUGAUGGGAAAGAACCGCCUCCUGUGGUGAAUUACGAAGAAGAUGCGCGAUCGGUCACAUCAAUGGAACGAAAGGAGAGGCUAUCCAAAUUUGAAUCUAUUCGUCAUUCAAUUGCUGGAAUAAUUAGGUCUCCAAAAUCGGUACUGGGCUCAUCAGCACUCUCUGACAUGAUCUCUAUGAGUGAGAAGCCCCUGGCGGAACAUGACUGGUACCAUGGAGCAAUCCCUAGGAUAGAGGCCCAAGAGCUUCUGAGGCAGCAAGGAGACUUCCUGGUACGCGAGAGCCAUGGGAAACCUGGUGAAUAUGUCCUUUCCGUCUACUCAGAUGGCCAGAGGAGGCACUUCAUCAUCCAGUUUGUCGAUAAUCUGUAUCGAUUUGAGGGCACUGGGUUUUCAAAUAUCCCUCAGCUUAUAGAUCACCACUUCUCAACAAAACAAGUCAUCACCAAGAAGUCUGGGGUGGUUCUUCUCAAUCCUAUUCCUAAGGAUAAGAAAUGGAUUCUCAAUCAUGAAGAUGUUUCAUUGGGAGCACUACUGGGCAAGGGGAAUUUUGGUGAAGUAUAUAAGGGCACACUGAAGGAUAAAACCGCUGUUGCUGUUAAAACAUGCAAGGAAGAUCUUCCUCAGGAACUAAAAAUAAAGUUUCUACAGGAAGCCAAAAUUCUCAAGCAAUAUGAUCACCCCAAUAUUGUCAAACUUAUAGGCGUGUGCACACAAAGACAGCCUGUCUACAUCAUUAUGGAACUGGUCCCAGGAGGUGAUUUCCUGUCCUUUCUGAGGAAGAGAAAGGAUGAACUGAAGCUCAAGCAGCUAGUGAGGUUUUCCUUGGAUGUCGCUGCUGGCAUGUUGUAUUUGGAGAGCAAAAACUGUAUACACAGGGACCUGGCUGCAAGAAACUGCCUGGUAGGUGAAAAUAAUAUUCUGAAAAUCAGUGAUUUUGGGAUGUCUCGGCAAGAAGAUGGCGGAGUAUAUUCAUCUUCCGGCUUGAAGCAGAUUCCGAUUAAAUGGACAGCACCCGAGGCUCUUAAUUAUGGGAGAUACAGCUCUGAAAGUGACGUGUGGAGCUUUGGCGUCCUCCUGUGGGAGACCUUCAGCCUAGGAGUCUGUCCAUACCCUGGAAUGACGAACCAGCAGGCCCGGGAACAGGUGGAAAGAGGAUACCGGAUGUCGGCCCCACAGAACUGUCCAGAAGAGAUUUUUAAAAUCAUGAUGAAGUGUUGGGAUUAUAAGCCUGAGAACCGCCCUAAGUUCAGCGACCUUCACAAAGAGCUCACUGCCAUCAAGAAGAAAAUCACAUAGUGCCAGCAAGGGCCAGACUCCACCUAUGGGACUCUGUCCUCAGCCACCCUAACUUUAUACCACCUUACUGCAGCCAUCUUUGAAGGUUAUGUUUUUUAUUAACUGGGUUUUUAAAAGUCUGUUCCACUUUAAAUAUGUUAAAGGCAAAUUUAUUCAAGAAAUAAACAGUCCUACCCAGGGCCGUCUUAGCUAACACAGAACCCUACCGUUUGAGGCCACUGUGCAGAGAAAAGCACAGGCCUAACUGAGAAGAUAACAGGCCUGUGUUUUCCUGCCCAGGACCAUUGGUGUCCCUCCAAGGUCUUCUUGAGGCACAGCCCGUGGGCUUCUGCCGCAGGCCCUCCUCAGUCGGUGCUAUAAACAGCGUUGGUAGCGCACGCUCGCAUGAUGCCUUCCCACCACAGUGGGCUUUCUCCUCUGCCAAGGCGAAAUUGUAUCUAUAAAUAUAAUCAUAUAUUGGGAAUUACUUGGACCUCCUAGGGUUUUUCUUUUCUUUCCUGUCAGAACAAGCCCAGUGAGAGCAUCACACCCCUGUGUUAUUUUGUCUUUUCCCUCCUCAGUCCAGGCUGCAGAAAGUAGUGUGUGGAAAAUUCCCAGAGAGCACGCAGGAUGGAGGCAGCUGCUUCUGCAGGAGACUGCAGAGGACAGGGAUGGCAAGAGACGUGUGUGACCAGGAUGGCAGGCUGAGAAAAUAGCAACUAGCCAGUGCCCAACAGGGAGAAGACAAAAGAGCCGGCCUUCCUUCCAGAUUUGCACCUUUAUAAUACACUGUGUCUGUGGUCUGAAUUUCCCAACACGGGCUAAGAAAUGUUUCAGGAGCUCCUAGAGCCCAGUGGAAGCUUUCUUAGAGAUACUGAAGUCACAGAAAGGGCAGCUUGAUAAUAACCGUGUGUCUUCGUCCUAGGGGACAGUCCCAGAACGGAGGUCCCUUUCUUUGUACCAGUUUCUGAACCUUCAGAAGCCAUGGCUCAUAUGCACAGACCAUCCACAUACACCUACUGAAGAGUACUGUGGCUAGGAAUGAAAUAGAUGGGUCAGAAAUUCAGGGCUUUUGAUGAAGAAAGCCCUCGGGAUGCCCACAUUUCUGUCUCCUCUUUGCCCUAAAGGCAGUGCCCGGAAACCUAAUAGCUCACAGGUGUGCAAGCAGGCUCAUCAUUAAAGGUGUCUCUGGCCUAUCAAGUGUACAGCAGUUAAAACUAGGAUUUGGUUGAACUGAAUCUCAGCUGUGUCCAGGGAACGGCCCCAUGAUCUGUCCACAGUUGUCUCAGGAUCAGUGUGUCUGGGAGGUGCUCUCACUCAGGGGAAGAUGUGGUGCAGAAGUCUUCAUUAAGCCCUCAGGCCUCUGUUCAGGCAGACAUCACUUUAGGGGUUCCUUGGCCUGUGUUGAAGAACUUAUGAGAUGACAAGUCCCUCCCUUCCCUUCCGGGCAGCGUAGAGCAUAGAGCAGAUUCUAACUUCCAGAGGAGGCCACUGCAGAGGAGUGUGACUGUCCCCAUCAUUCCAGCCUCCUAGCUCACUUUCGCCACAUUUAAAGCUCAUAUAUGCAGACUAGAGGCCGUGUGUGCCUGCCCACAUCAGUACACUGCCCCCCACAAGCAGCCCUGGCACAGCACGGCGCCCCCGCAGGUCAGACUCUGCUAAAGCAGAGCUCGCUUUUAAUGGCACCCACCAUGGAAACCCAAGCGCAGACUCCAGAAUUCAGAGUCGGCGCUGUGCUCUCCAGGCAUCUGCCGGCCCUCAGAAGGAGAUAAGAGGUUCCCUUUCAGGAUUUCCAAGUCAAUCUGCCUAUAAUACAAUUUUUGUCUAUGAAAAAGAAAGAAGCACCUCUCAGCACUGCUCUCCCAGCCAGGGAAAGGAGCCUGGCUUGGCUCUAACUCUGUGAACAAGACCCGAAGCUUAAUCCUUGCAUUCUGCUGGAAAGAGAACAUGGAGUUGAUAAUUUCACUCAUCUAGGCUGUUGGGAUUUGCAAUUCACAUCAUAACUCUUUGCUUAAAUUAUAAAAGCUUUUCAAAACAUCUUGACAUCUGCAGCAUUUAAAUUCUAUUUUCUUCUUUGUCCCAGAACAGGCAGAGGUACAGUUUAAGAUUAACUCAUUGGGAGCCUUUCAGGAUCAUGUCAGUCGUAUAGAAUAUUAAAUUUAACAUAGGCGCAUGCAUUAAGAAAAGCUUAUGCAAAACAUUCUUACUGUUAAUUUUGUUAUGCUCAAAGCAUAAUUUAUUCAUCCCUUCUGUCACUGAUAAUUAUUGGAAUUAUGUACUUUAGGAGGCUAAUCCAUACCCAAAAAGUGCACAUAUAAAUACAGUUCUGAUUUGCAAGUUGAUUUAGGGAAAAGAGGCUGUAGACAUGCACAAAAUUCUAGGAUUUGUCUCGUUAAAUAAUAAUAGUAAACAGUGCUGCCCAAAAUUACCCACUAGUAUGGAUACGCUUGAGCCUGGCCGCAAGCCUUUAUUUUACUAAUGGAUUAUCCAAGAGUUGCUGGUAGCCCUGCUCAUAGCUACACUCAGCACUCCUUCAGUGUGGCCGUCUGGGCGUGAAGGAGAAGGCCUUAAACCCGAGCAGGCUGACUUUCCGCCUGCCUUUUCCUACCUUGAAUCACAAGAAGCCUUCAUAAGAAACGAGUAGUUCACUGUUUUUUAAAGAAGGGAACUUUUCUGCCAAAUCGGCAUCCUUGUGUGUCCUGUGUGGCCUAAGCUCUCUUCUCAAAGCCAUUAUUUUGAGAAAACCAUAAGUGAUGUGAUGAUUUCUUCCAGCCCCUCCCGCUUCAAGGUCCACAGGGACGUGCGCCCUGUGAUUUCUUCCUCCUUUUUCCAAGACAACAGGGACAGUAGAGUUAGAUCCCAUCACAGCUGGCACCUCAGACAUCAUCAGUACAGCCCGGAGUCAGCAGUGGCCAUCUCACAGGUGGUUCCACUGCAUGGUUGUUUGGGAAACAAUUUCUUAGGACUGAGAUUGUAUUAGUUUCCUUUUGAGCCCCAUUUCUGUUCACUACCCCCCUGACCAACUCUACAGUGCUGGGACCAAGACUGUUGUUAAGCAAGCAUUUUAGUUGCAAUAUGUGCUGCACCCUGGGACUCAGGGAGCGAGCAAACCGGCUGCAAGCACAGAUCUGUGGAGUGUGUCGUGGUCAGAGGAGUGUGAGGCAUAGCCCUUCAUGGUCCCCUGAUCCCGUGUGUCCUUGAUGCAAGAGUGACAUCUGAAAGGGGCUGUCUGCCUGAGCCCUCUUCCUCCCAGCCCCCUCCUCCUGUCACCCGUCGACAUCCUCCAUGCCUCUGGACAGCAGAUGCGAUUGUCACAGAAGAUCCAAGCCCUCAUACAAACUAGCACAGAACCCAGAGAGCUGCAGAGACACUUUAUGUGCCAUUAUCAUCAGUAGAUGAUAUCAAAGCUUUCAUAUGACAUGAAAUCCAUCUUAAAGCGGCAUGAGAGUUUACUAUUAAAAUUAUUACCUCUGAUUAACUGAUUUACUCUAAAUAUCACUAUUUUAAAUUAGAUUUUUUUUUUACUUUAUAUUUUUCUGGACUUACUAGUUUCAUGUCAAGUGUGACUGUGUACUAUGUAUCACUCAUUUCUGUAUAAGAAACUGAUUGAAAAGCCAGCAAGCUCACCCUGCAAGGAGUUACUGAUACAGACUUAAGCUCCCGUAAAAUGUCCCUUUGAAGGUCACAUUCUAAUACAGAUGGUCAGUCAACUAUAUAUCACUGCCCUAAGUCAGUUUGAGAAAUGUACUGUCACCUCCACGAGCCACCCCACAGCCCUCUACUGAGUCAAAGAUUAAAUUCAGGACUGGCAUUAGAACCACUCUAUCCUGACAGGCAUGCCGAUUCUGGGGCAGCAGGGGAAAACCUGCUGUGACAUUCUUCAUGCCUUUACAGUGCCCAAGAGCAAUGAGCAGGGCGCAGCAGGUCUGCCAGUGAGCUGCCUAGGCAUGCAGGGAGGCAAAACAGGAAAGAACCAGUUCCCUGGAGCAGCAGGAGAAAGGGGACAAGACGACAAUGCCCCUUGAAGCCUGAGGAAAACGCCAGGUGUCAAACCAUUCCCACAAAACCCAGAACAGAUCAACAGCCCCAAGGCUGCAAAAGAGCCAGGGCCACUCCCUGCAGCAGGAACUGCUUGGCACGCCGCCCAGAGCUGACACUGGGCCACGUGACGUUCCACAUGGUGCCCUGUGCUGGGUCCUGAGGGGGAGGAGCCAAAGCCUCUCCAUUUGCACUAGUUAUCAAUGCUCAAACAUCCGUGGCGAAGGCCACGGGUUCUUCGCGUCUCAUUAGAUAGCUUUUUUAUGCAGUAGAAGCUGAGUCCUAAAUGAGAACAUGCUUAUGUCCUCUUGUGACACCUUUGACCACUAGUAAGUAACUCCGUGGUUCCUGGAGUUCCUUGCUGAGGGGCCCUGCUGUGCUGCGCUGUAUGAAGGGAGACAAAGCAGUGGGGGAGCUGGAAAAGUAGCCACGUUUGUUGACUUUACACUGGUAACAAUUAAGGGAAGGGGGAAAAUAGAAACAUUCUGAGGCCAAGCACAGUGCAGUGGGGUAAGGGAGUGAGCAUCCAGCAAAGGCAUCUGGGAAGACAGAGGGCAGUGAAAACAUCAGAGACCCACCGAAAUGCCCAGAGACCAGGCAACAGGGAACCCGCCUCCUAAUGGACAGUCCCAAACAUAACACCCCUUCAGCCUCUAGAACAGUUUCUCCAAGGGCUUCUGUAGACUCUCUGGUCUGUCUUAUGUCCCAGCCCCACCCCCAGGUCUCAGCUUUCCCUGCAAAGCUACAGAGGUGGGCGUUGAGCCCAUUUUCUAAGCAGCUCAGUGUGGGGUCUACAGGAAACUGUCAGAUGUCUCUGGGUUUCACUUUAGUAAUAGGAAACUGUAACACGGCAGGUAUGCUGUAUGAGCGGCCUUACUGGCAAAGGCUUGGGGACUUUUUCUAAGGACAUUAAGACCACUGUGAGUGGGCAUGUCCAGGUUGAAGGCUUCCUUUUUGUCUUGAGCUAGCAAGCUGACCUCCUGCCCCCAAAGAAAUAGUGGGACAGAAUACUCCACAGUAAUGCCCUGGACAUCCACACGCUACUCCAGGCUGAUUCACUUGGUGUCCUCUAAACCCUUCUUAAGAGCAAUAGCAAAGUUAUUCAAGUUACAUCAUGUUAAGUGGUCUUCCAAAGCUUCAACUAAGAGGGCACGAUGAGGGUUCAAAGUAAGCCAGUGUGCCUUACUAGAUACCCCAGAACACUGUACGAAGACAUCAGUUCUCCUCAUAGCUGCCCAGAGUACCUCCCUUCCUGGAAAACCAGACAUUGCCACUUUCCCUGUCUGUUAGGAAUUUCUGUAGCAUCAGAUAAGUAGGCUGUAAAUGCCACCCAGCAGAUGCUAGACUGGCCCCAUAAGAAGCCAGGUGUCUGCCUGUAACCACCAGAGCAAACAACAGAACCCCAUAAGAGACGCGCCUCAGGCACCCAUGAGCGUAGCAAGAACCCAAGAAUGAAAAGAGAAGUUGCCCAGAAGUCUAAGUCCCCGUUUCUAUUUUCCUUGUGGAGCACUUGUCAAAUCGCCCUGAGGUGUUCGAGUUUCCUGACAAUCACUGCAGGGCAAACAGUGAGCCCCUGUGUUCAAACCCUUAAGGGCUAAGAGGACUCAGACAGCUGUUAUUGAUACUGUGUGUUAGCUCACCAUUCCCUGCCUCUUCUUUUCUAAGGGUUUUCCUCUUAGAAAGAAUUUGGUGGGGAAAACUUGCUUGCCAGCUCCUCAGAUAAUGCUGGACUUGUUAGCAUGUACAAACACAGCAGCGGGCACCCAGCUUGAUCCUCACCCAGAGCACAGAGGGCUGUGGUAGAUCAGCCACGGGGUGCUGCGGGGCCCGUCCCAUGCUAGCUGUGAUCGCUCUCCUUUAACAGCAAUCAGAAGAGCAACACGAAGCACAGCACAGUUCCACUGUGAGAGAAUUUCCCAUCACUCCUCAGACCCUGGGCCUUGCACAGACACAGUACCCAGGAUGUGGACACAUCCCAACGGAACUCGCUUUUUAUUUCCUACCAGUGGGAUAGUUUCCUCCAGCUUCAACAGGCUGCUAUAGGUAGGCUUCACAACCAAGUGACUAUGAGCAUCAAAUCAAACAGAAAAGAAGCUCAUUUAGUUCAAAUUCAGGGUCAGAGUGGCCAGAGACACAAAAUACCCUUUGUCUGCUGGAAUUUCACUUCAUUAACACAGUGUCUGUUGCUCAGCUUUAUCGCGUGAUACAAGCUGUCCUUGUGGGCACAGUUCUUGUGGGACAGCUCCAUCCUCCUUCAUAGACCACCAAGACUGACUGCCAAAUUAGCUUCUUGUGUCAAACACCUCUAGAUGUUUAACUGCCCAUAGGUUUUAGGUUUGUGUUUCGGUGUGUAAACGGUUGAGCAACUGGGGACAGCGGGGACGAACGCUGGUGCACACUCUGUUGACUUUGAGCCAUAGUUUGUGCCUGAAUAUUUUGGUCUGGUCUGAGUGCUUUGGUAAGUGCUCUAGAAUGCCAGAACUCUCCAAAAGCAUAACUAUGCAACCACAUCAGGUUUAAAGAGAAUACAAGAGAAUGGAAGUUAGCCUCAGAGACACACAAGUACUCUGACUUCUUCAGGAA